ACAUGAAUUCAGUGGCGGGAAUAGUCAUUAUAGUGAUGGUGUAUGACGUUUUAUAUUAUUAUUAUUUGAUUAAUAAUUGUUUGAUUAAUAUCUUCAUAAAAACUAUGUAAACUGAGUAAAUUUUUGUCCGUUUCAUUAGUGUGUACUAAUGUUCUUAUUUGAUAAAAUAUUUGUUCGAUACUAGUUAUUAGUAAAUCUAUUAAGUUAUUACGCAUUAAAUGAGGUUAUCUUAUAUUUUCUUUAUCUUAAAAAAGCAAUUAUAUGUAAUAUAAAAAUAAAUGUUGUUCAGAUAAAUAGUUUCUAUAAUGGAUAUUAUAGCAACACAAGUUUAUGAAAAUUGUGAUGCUGUGUCAUCACAAAUUUCUCAUUCUACACAAGAUAAUAAAAUACAGAUUGGAGAACUAAUUGUUGGUACUGAAAUAUAUCCAAUUAAAAAAGGAAUUAAUCAAAUUGGCAGACAUCCAGAUUGCAAUAUUAUAUUUAAUAAUCCAACGGUAUCUAAAAGACAUGCAGAGAUCGAAGCUAAUAAUCAUGAAACAGCCGUAUGGAUUUGUGAUCUGAAUUCUUCAAACAAAACAAAAUUGAACAACUCAAUUCUAAGGCCAAAUCGAUUCUAUGAACUUAAAAAUGGAAACGUAUUGGAGUUUGGCAUGGUGCGAGCAGUAUUUAAAUUCUAUCAUUCAAUGGAUGAAUCUUUAAUUCCAGAAACUCCAGCAUUAUCUCGUCAAAAGUUACAAAAAUUAAUCAUUCCAGGAACACCUGAUUCGUCAUUGAACAAUUCGUCCACGUUGGGAGAAAAUAUUUCUAUGAUUUCUGCCAUUCAAACGAACGAGAAAGAAACCAUAUUUCGAUGUCCGAAUCCGAUAUCUACAAGGACUUCGACUAGCAGCACUCGGAAAAAUGAUCUUCAAAAUUCUUCUGUUAAUAAUUUGGACAAUUCCCAAAAUUCUGAUGCAGAAAAGAAAGGAAAUGUAGGUGUAUCAAGAAUUAAUAUUUAUGAUAUGGAAACACAAAAAUCAUUCGAGUCUCUUAAUGGAACAAAUAUUGAUGUUCACGACAUUGUAACUCAAAAAAUUUGCUUGAAUAAUAAAGAAAUCUUUUCAAAAUCUUUAAACGGGCAAAAAGUUAAUAUGCAUGAUAUAGAAACGCAAAAUGAAAUAAAUGCGCAAGAAAAUGUUAUUGAUAUUCAUGAUGUAGAAACGCAACACGAUAUAGAUAUUCAUGAUAUGAAAACACCAAAAAAAAUUCAUGUUAAAUCUCAUAAUGAUAAAACACAAGAUAAUGAAAAACUUGAAACAAAAAUUGAAGAAAAUGGAAAUUUAAUUAUGAAAAAAGAAAAUAAUAUUAUAAUACAAAAAGAUGAAGCUAUUGCAAGUACAUCAUAUUUUAAUGAUAAUAAAUGUGAAAAUAAAAUUGAAUAUAGACGAAGUAUUAAAAAACAUUUGCAGAAGAAUUCGCAAAAAUGUUUACAGUCAUCAAUUGCAACAACUUUUGAAAAUGAAGUUUCGGAACUUGACACAAGUCGAAAUUUACUUGGUUCACAAUGUUUAUUAGAAGAUUUAAUUGACGAUGAUGACAACGAUGACUUACUUGAUGAAUCAAAAUCAAGAUCAUCAACUCCUUCAAAAACUUCGUGCGUAAACGAUGACGAAGAUGUAAAUAAUAAAAGUACCGACAGUGAAAACAUAUUUGAAGCAGCAACACAGAUCAAUCAAACUGAUAAAGAUACAAAUCAUCGCAUUAAUUACUCGUUUAAAGCUUCUUUAAUGGACCCUAAUGAUUCCGAUGAGACUGACAAUGAAUGUGUAUUUCAAAGAUAUUCUUUUGAAGAAAAUAAAAAGAAUGAAAAAUCUUCAAUAAUUCGAGUAUCUGAGAGUGACGAUUCAUUUACCGAUGAAGAAGGUCGUUUUAUAGAAAUGGCUGCAAUAGAAAAACGAGCUGCUUCCAAUUCAUUUGAAAAGCAAAAUAAAAAUAAAGAAAUUAGAAAUGAUUCAAGCAAAGAUUCUGAAGAUCUAUUUAACAUGCUUACUCAGCCAAUAAAUAAAAAAAAUAAAAAUCUAUUACCCAAAUGUGAUGAAAAAACACAGACUACUGUAGAUGAAGUAGAAAUAGAUUUUGAUACUCCAACGCAAGUAAUUGAUAAGAAAAAUAAUUCAGAAAUAAAUAAAGAUAUUGAAAUAAAAGAAAAGAUUAAAAAUACAGAAGUAGAACAAGUUGAUGAUUUUACACCAACUCAAGUUCUUUCAACACUUAAAUCUUCUUCUAAAGAAAUGAAUUCUCUUGCCUCAAUAAAAAAUAAAAUAAUUCCCGAUGAUGAAAAUAUUACUGAAAUGGAAGAUAAUACACCUACUCAAAUAAUUAACAUUAUAGAAAAAACUUCAAAUAUAGAUAAUAAUAAAUAUUCUAAUUCUUUGAAUUCUGUAAGAUUAAAUACUAUAGAAGAAUUUAGUAUUGAAAACAUUGAUUAUGAAACGGCUGCUACUCAGCCAAUCAAUGAUACAGAAAUGCAAAAAUCUGUAUUAGUUAUUAAUAAGAGUAAAAAUAUAUUGAAUUUAUCUGAGAAAUCAAAUAAUAUAAAUUUAGAUGAUACUAUAGAAAGAAAUUUAAAUGCAAUGUUUGAAGAUGUGAAUGAAGGGCAUAAUGAAGAACAGCAGCAAAUAUCAACUCAGCUUCUUAAAAAUAUGUUAGAAACUUCGCACUGCGAAAAUAAAUCACCUAUCAAUAAUCUUAAUAUAAAUGAUAAUUCAAUUGAUUGCAACAUUGAGAAAUCUAUAAAAAAUAGUAAAACAAUAGAUCCAAGUUCGAAUUUAGAAUCAAAUAAAAAAUUGCUUAAAUCUAAUUUAAAAAAUAUUGAUAACAUUCCUGAAGAUUUAUCGAUGCCAAGAUCAUCUCCAAAAAAAAAUCAUGAAGAAUCUAAAAUAGUUAACACAAUACAAGAAAUACAAGAAGAAAAUAAAAAAAAAGAAUGUAUAUUUAAAGAAAAUAAAGCAGAUUCAGAAAAUAUAGGUAAUCAAGUUUUGAAUAUAUCAAUUGAUAGUAAUCAACUUCAACAAACUUCUAAAGUAUUAGAAAAUAAUGAUGAUGAUAUAUUAGCUGGUUUACCUGAAGUUAAAAUUGCAGGUACAUAUCCAACAAGUCCAACUUCGUCAACGUCAUCUGAAUAUAGAAUAAAUAUUAAUCAUAAUCGAACGAAGCAAAUAUCUAUAAAAAUUGCGCCUAAAAAAAGAAGAUCUUCACGAAAAACGUUUAAUCACAAAAAUAUGCAAAACACAGAACUUGAUCAUACUAUUAAUAAGUCAAAUUCUACAACUAUUUUGAAAAAUUUUUCAAAUUCGUUUUCAAGCAACUUCAAUGAUGAUAGAGUAUCAGUAGAAGAAACCAAUAAAAAAAAGAAAAAUAAAAAAACAAAAGAAUCAAUAGAAAAGACAAAUCCAGAAAAUUUAUAUAAACCCAGAAAAGAAAGCAAUACUUCAUCAAAAUCGGUAGCCUUUAUCAAUUCACAAGAAAAAGCAAGAGAAAGUCCUUUUAUUUCCAAUAGAAGGACUCGUAAUUCGAGCAAAGAGAAUAUUGAUCAUUUAUCUAUUUUUCAGGUGGAAAAAGAAGCACUAGUUAAGAAAGUAGCUGAUGAAUCUGCAGAGAAAAAUCUUCCAAAUACAUGUGUUAAAAAAAGAUCGCUUAAUAUGACGGAUACGAUUGAAAUUAACAAUUCCAAAGAGCAUAAGAAUAAUAUUAAAGAAAAUGAGUUUAUUAACACUAGAAGUAGAAAAAUAAAUAAGGUAACUAGGAGAAGACAAUCUGCAAAUACUCCUGAUAUUAGCUCUUUGAAAAACUCGUCAAUCGCAUGCAAUAGAAAAUUAUCUGAUGAAGAUAUAAGUUUAGAUAAACAGCCAAUAAUAAAAAUCGAAAAACUGUCUGUUUAUACUCCAACAGAAUCGAUAUCAAGUACUCCAACAAGAGAAGUAAUUGAUAAUAAACGUAAAAAUAAAAAAAGUAAUCAACAUACAAAUAUUAUAGAUGAUCAAGUUGUUUCUAUAGAAAACGAGAAAACUAGUCAAAAUACAAAAACACAAAAAAUUAAAUUUCAAAUAGACGAAAUUAGUUCUCAAAUAGGAGAGGAAUCUCAAGAAAUAGAAAUGAUCAUGAACAAUGCCCUUAAAGAACAAAGUACAGAAACAAAAAAAGACGUAGACAACAAUGCAACAAAUAUCAAAACUAGAAACAAUAAAAAACAUAAAAAUAUUCAUAUAAAUGCUGAUAACACGGAAAGUAGUAGUACAUCAUCUAUUAUAUAUGAAUCUGAUAAUGCAAAUUUUGAAAUUCCCACUUCAAAAAUUAAACAUAUGAAGAUGUCGAAAAAUAGAUCAAAUAUAACUAAUAUAUUAAAAAAUGAAUCCGUUAAAGAAAUGAAAAGAAAGAACAAACAGUCCACUAAAUCAACUCGAGUUCGUCGACAAUCAAUUAUAGAUUCCUCUACAGAUGAAAAUAAAAAAAUUAUUAAUAAAAGUAUAGAAAUAAAAAGAAAUAGUAAACAAUCUAUUAAAUUAAUCCAAACUCAUCAACAACCAAUCGUAGAUUCUUCUACAGAUGAAAAUACAAAAAUUGUCAACGAACAUAUAGAAACGAAAAAAAAAAAUAAAAAACCCACUAGAUCAACUCGAACUCAUGAACAAUUAAUUAUGGAUUCUUCUAUGGAAACUAAUCAAACCAUGUUAAUUAGCAAUACAGAUAAAAUAAAUAAUUUAAGAAAUAAACGACAAAGACAAACAACAGAAAAGAUCGAAAGCAAUAAGAAGAAAAAAAUGGAUUUCAUAGAAGAGACAAAUUCAGAAACAAAUUCCAGCAUUGAAGUCACUAAUUCAUCACUAAUUUCUACACCCAAUAGAACACGUAGAAGUAUGAAUUCUUCAUUUGCAACAUCAUCACCAUUUAAAAUAAAACAUAAAGUUUUAUUUACGGGUAUUUCAAGUAAUGAUUAUAGUAAAAUAUUAACAAAAUUGGGCGCAUCUCAAGUUGAAGAUCCAACAAAAUGUACUGUAUUGGUUACAGACAAAAUACGAAGAACUGUUAAAUUUUUAUGUGCUUUAGCUCUAUCUAUACCAAUUGUUUCAACUAAUUGGUUGCAUGAUAGUGAAAAAAUUGGCCAUUUUGAAGAAUUAGAAAAUUACAUAUUGGAAGAUCCUGAAGCUGAAGCUAAAUUUCAUUUUAAAUUAAAGAAAAGCUUAGAAAAAGCGAAAAAAUAUAAGCUUUUAGAAGGAUAUACACUUAUUUUAACUCCUAAUAUAGCUCCACCACCUCCAGAAUUAAAAAGUAUAAUUAUUUCAUGUGGUGGCAAAGCUUUACUUCGACCACCAUCAUCUUGGCCUGAAAAAGGAAUGAUUAUUUCUAAUAAAGAAGAUUUAACAAAUGCGAAAAAAUUUCUUGCAAAAGCACCUAAAAAUAUUACCAUUCAAUCAACAGAAUUUAUAUUAACUGGUAUUUUAAGACAAGAAUUGGAAUUUAAUGAAUUUAGAUUAUAUAAUUAAUUUUUCAAAUUUUUUUGAUAUGGUAAAAAUGUGCAAAUUACUUUUAUAUAUAUAUAUUUUUUAAAUAUUUUCAAAUGAAUACAUAUAAAAUCAGAAGUACAUUUUGGUUAAUUGAUAUAAUGUGUCUUAAUUUUGCAAUAUAAAAAUAUCAUGUAUAUAUAAAUAUAUAUAUGUAUAUCUUUUAAAGAUGCUUUAUAAAUGUACAUAAAAUUUUGAAUAGAUUGAAUUAAAUCUCUGUAUAAAUAGAAUUUUUAUAUUUUAAAAUAUAAUUUAUAUUUUUAAUAUAAUAUAAGCAAUAUUCAAUUUUAAUAUAUAAAACAAAUUUUUUAAUUUAUAUAGAGUCUGACAUAUUUGUAAUGGGUUUGUUAUAUUCUAUAUUAAUAUUUAAUAUGGAAAUGGAUUUAAAUUAAUUAUUUAGACACAUUCUUUAAUUAUAAAUUUUAUUGUUCAAAAUUAUACAGUCAUUUUUAUUUAAUAUUUUUAUUUUUUACUAAACUUAAAGUUGAUUUUUUAAAGUAACAAAAAUUUUUCAUAACAUGAAAAAGAAAUGCAUUUUCCUUAAUAUUCACAUCAAAUAAAAUAUUUUCACACUGUAUAUAUUCCUGGUUUUUAAAUUGAGCAAUUCAGUUCCAAUAUCAACUAAAUAAAACAUUUAUAACCACUUAAAUGCAUAAAAUUUAGAAAAUUUAUAUACUGUAUAUAAAUUUAAUACAGAUAUAUCUGUAUACUAAUGUGUGAUGAAAGCUCCAGAUUCAAGCAAUUCUGGAUUAAAAGUAAUCUAAUUAGGAAAUAGUUAUAUAUACUUUAAACUCACAAUAUAUAACAUGAGUAAUAGUAAUAAUUGUAAGAUAAUAUACUAAAUACUAAUUAUCUUAUCCUAGGUAAAAAUUUAUGUUUAGUAACUAAAUGCAUUACUAGAUAGAAGAAUAAAAGAAAUGAAAAAAUUGUUAUCAUAUUCAAAAAUGUUCAAGAAAUUUUAAUCAAUUGGAAUUGACAAAUACUUUUUUCAAAAACAGCAACUUCAGGGUAGGAUAGUAACCUCUGAGUUC